GUGGAGGUGUCACUGUGAGGCGGCGCUGCUCCAGCAGAGGACACGCACACCGUGUGCACCAUCAACCGCGCGCAUCGUGGAAUAACAAACAUUUGUGCCAAGGAAAGCCGCAGCAAACAUCCCAUGGAUGAAAGAAUUGCAGACUUACAGGAACGUCACUUCAUGGAGCGCGCGGACUUUUUGGGGAUGGAUUACCCUUCUCUUUACAUGUGCAAACCCAAAAGGGGAAUCAAGAGGGAGGACGGCGGCAAGGACGCUUAUAAGUUACCACACCGUUUGAUAGAGAAAAAGAGAAGAGACCGAAUCAAUGAAUGUAUCGGUCAACUGAAGGAUCUGCUGCCGGAGCAUUUAAAGCUUUCGACUCUGGGCCAUUUGGAGAAGGCGGUUGUUCUGGAAUUAACUCUGAAACAUUUAAACGCAUUGACUGCGGUCACGGAGCAGCAGCACCAGAAGAUCAUCGCUUUACAGAACGGGGACCAGUCUAUUAAGACAUCUGUUCACAGCGAGGUGGACGCCUUCCAUUCUGGUUUCCAAACAUGCGCCAAAGAAGUUUUGCAGUACCUGAGCCAGUUUGAAAACUGGACUGCGCACGAGCAGAGCGGCGCCCAGCUCCUCCAGCACCUUCACAAGGCCCUGGCCCGGGUCCAGUCCGGCUCACUUCUCUCCCGGCAGCAGCAACAACAGUUCCCUGCUGGCGACACACCAGAAGGGCACAAAGCCGACAACCAAGCCAAUUGCGUCCCAGUCAUACAGAGGACCCAAGGAGGGGAUCUGACUGAGAACGACACGGACACGGACAGUGGCUAUGGGGGUGAGGGGGGCAAGGAUAAAGAGUGUGAGCACAACAACACCUCGCAGGAGGCAAAAGGUGUGAAAAUCAAGCAGGAGUACGGAGACGAUUGCCCGGCUAAGAAACCAAAGAUGAAUUGGUCCGGCAAUAGCUCAGGGGGCACUGAUGUGGCCUUCAUGAACUCUCUGAUGGGAUUAACCGGUGUGGGACAGCAGACGCCGAUUUGCAUGCCUUUCUACUUCAUAAAUCCAUCAGCUGCUGCCUCGUACAUGCCUCUUUUCGAUAAAAACAACAUGGAAAAGGGCAUGUACCCGGCGGCUGCCCUGGCCUCCCCCUUUCCAUGGCUGUAUCCCGCGCAGGCAUCUGCAGCAGCGGCAGCAGCGGCUGCUGCCUUUCCGGGGCUUUCCACGCACUUUGGCCCUUCAUCUCCGUGUGAGGAUCCCCAGUUUGGUGAUGACGCGGAAACGAGUUCGCCCGAAGACCGUGAGGAAACUCCCACGAGUGAAGGGGGUGACGAUGAUGACGAGAGUGGACUUCACCGGCCACAUGACCAGUUGGCCGUCUGUAAAAGCAGCUAAAUUGUCUGGGUCAAGUCAAUGUCGUCCAGGAGACCAAGCACUCUCCUAUUAGAUGCAUUUGUUGUGUGAAUGCUGAGAGUCAAGCGCCUCUAGCUUAAGAAAGAAUAGUAUUAUCAUAAUUUCAUUAUUACAGUUUGCAUGUUCUCCCAGUGUUUGUGUGGGUUAUUUUCUUGUCACGCUGGCUUCUUCAUACAUUCCAGAAACACAUGUAAGGUUGAAUUUUUGUCAUACAUUAAACCUCUUCCGGAGCAAACCUGGCCGUAAUUAACCAAAAUUGUCAUUGGUCCCAAAAAAUUUUGUCAUCCUAAAUCCACUCUAUUUUUCCACUUGAAAUUAAACUGCUCACAAUUGAUUUUGACUUAAAAUGCUUAUCAUAUACAGACUUAAAACUAAGACAGUCGCUAAGAUAUAACUAUUUUAGUCAAGAUUUGUCACUUGAACUAUACUUGCUUGACAGCAAUUCCUACUUUCCUUAUGGCCAAAGUUUUGGAACUAUUUUGUGGUUUGAAUCUGCACAAAAGAGCACAAAAUUACGCGAAUAUUUGAAUUUGUAUCAUUCCAUUGCUUGAAAACAAUUCAUGGAGAGCCUUUUGCCAAAAUUCUAGAGUGCAGUCAAUGAAUGCGGCGUACAUGGAUGGCCAAGGACCUCUAAAAAAAGCCAUACAUUUGUCUUAAUUUAAUUCAUUUUUUUGCACUAUCAUAGCAGCAACUUUAUGACAAUCAUGCCACCUUGUUUGUGGUUUAAAAAAAAACUGGAAAAAUAUUUUAAAAAUCAAAAUUAAAUUUCUCAACAAACACACAAGAGGGGACAGUUUUACCCUUCCUUGUCGGUUCAGUGUACUGCGGUCAAUCCCCUGGCGUGCGGGUGUGUGCUGCCAACUGUAUUUUUUUUGGGGGGGGGGGGGGUUGUUCUGUUAAGUUACAUUUUGACACAUCACUCGUGGGCAGCAAGCGAGCAUUCAGUCAAAUUGCUCUGAUGUCAUGGUCUGGGGCAGGGAUGUCUAACCAUUCCACAAAGGGCCAAGUGGGUGCAGAUUUUCCUUCCAACCAAUCAAGAGGACAGGUUUUCACCAAUCUGGUCCGUUACAAGUGUAAUCAAGUGAUUUUUGUCAACUACUGCAUGUUUCAGCAGAAACCUCAUUGGUUGAACUGUAUCAGUUGGAAAAAAACCUGAACUCACUUGACCCUUUAUGGAACUGGUUUGACACCCCUGCUUUUAGGGGUGUGCUUGCAGGGUAUAUUAUACUGUGAUGAAUGAUGGAGGUCACAGCCCUUCUAUAUUGUUGCAUCUCUCAGCAUUCACACAAUUUGUGAGGUUAUAGCAAUUUCUGAGGAUUGUAAUGUGAAUGAAGUGUGUCCACAGAAGAGAUAUUCCUGUAUUAUAUUUACCUUGACAGGACCGUUCUGACAGUAUGUGCCUUUUGCACUUAUACUAGAUUAAUUAAUCUGAAUGCACAUCGACAAUGAUUGGCAUAAACGCAACAAAAUUGUUGUGUUGUAUUGCAAUUAGUUUUUGUAUCUAUCCUCUUUGAUUAAAAAAAAAAAAAAAAUCUCGUAUGGCAGCAUUGGUGCCAAAUUUUGAGAAAUACAAGUGCAAAUGCGCAUUAUCCCAAUCAGCUGGUCUCUUUGGACUGAAGGCGUGGUAAGAAUGUCUGCCAAAUUGGGAACAUCUUGCUGCAUCUGCUUGGACUGUAAAUAUUUAAACCUGGAUGAUAGUCGGGUUAAUCAAGACGUAAAUGUGCACUAGAUGGCCACAAUACCUCACCCCCAGCUUUGUGCGGGGUAUUCUUAUUCGGAGAGAGAAGCAUAAAACUCAUCAUACAUGAACACAUAUGCACAUAAUCUCUCUAUGAAAUCAAUCAAAUUGAAUGACAGUCUUAUUUAGUCCAAAUUCAGUCAGACACAGGCUCAUUCAAGUGCUUAACUGAGAUACUCUUGAAGCCUUUCCUUCACAAUUGGUUUCACUUGUCAGCGUUUUGUAGGCCCCCCCAAUGAAGCAUUUCUGAAUUGAGAUGCAGUGAGCCCCUUUACCUACAGGAGGCAAUGUAGGAUAGCACCUUAUUGAUCUUUGAUAUUGAAUGUACCUGUAUUUUCCAAGCUGUUAACAUUUCUAUGUAGGACGAGUUUUUACUCUCUGAGAUGUAAAGUGCACUUUUUUCUGCUUUUACUCGAAGCCCCUAAAAGUCACAUGAUCCAUGAAGAGCCAAUCACUGUAAUUGACCUUUUGUGUUGUCGGUGUAAAGUUGCCUUGAAUCGAACGUGAUUUCAAGUCCAACCAGAUUUGGAUAUGUCACAUUGGAGUUGAUUUUAUAUACAGUAAUGGAGUGCAAGCUUUGUCAUUUGCCCAAUUUAGCUGUUGUUCAAUAUUUUUAAUCCAAAUCAGCUUUGAGAAGUCCCACUACAAUAAAUUUUUGUUAUGUAUUUUUUUCCUUUAAAAAAAGAAUACAGCUAUGGUCACAUGACUGUCAUUUGAGAAAAAAAUUCCUGCAGUUUUAGUGAUGUCGAGGCUUUGAAAAGGUUUAACAACUACCCGUGAUUCACUUUGCAUUUUGCAAACAUGUUGCUUUUGUAGUUUUCUUCUGCUGAUCUAGCCUCAAAUUGGUCAACUGUUAUAGAAAGUGGCAUGUAUGUCUGUAAAUAUAUUUUGUGAAUGUACUACGAAACAUGUCUCUGUCAAUGUUGUAGAUGUCUAUGGAUUUUUUUUUUUUAAGAGGAAAAGAUAUUUCCCUAAGCAAUUGUUGCACAUUUUGUUGCUUUGCGCAUUAUGCUGUUAUAAAUUAUUGCUGAUGAGUUGAAAAAUAAAUA